AUGGAAACGGACGGUUCCCAAUCACAGCGGAUGACGGUGGGAUCGAGUUCACACAGGGAUAAGAGCCCUAAUGAGUAUCAGAACGAAACCGACGGAGAUCCGGAGAAGAGCAGGUUGCUAGAAGAGAUCGAGCAUAUCAAGAAAGAGCAGUUCACGGAACCAAUCAUUAUAAAGGACGAAAAAAGUGCAGAUGGCUCUGAAAGCACGCCGGCACGUUUGGCGAUCGAGGCGGAAUCGCCUCGGGCUCAAAAGUUGGCUGGAAAACAGCCAUUGGCGGAGGCUAAUCAGCUGCCGUCCUUUGGAUUGACAGUCGAGAAGCCUUCCGGAAGGUCUCCGUCGGUGGCAGCAAGAGGACCCAAGUCGUUUUCCGGGAUGGCCGCUGCGAUUAACGGACACAACUAUUUUGGCUCCGGGCAUGACUUUGAGAUUAGCAAUGAGAAAAUUCAGUUGGCGCCGACCACUGGGAUACAUGGCAACACGUCGAAAGUGGUAGCUACUCAGCAUAGGCGAAAGGUGUGGGAUUGGAACUGCUUGCCGAAAGUGGGCUCUUCCGUGCUAGUACAAACGCAUUCAUUCAACGUGAUAAGUGUGCCUAUCGAUGGGGAAAUUAAACAGAUUCUCUACACCCCGUUGUACAACAAAAACUUCAAGAGGAUGAACAUCUUUCUUUCGUUCAACAUGGAUACAAAACCGUGGGAUGCGCUUGUGCAUUCGCGGAAAAGAAUUGUGUCCUUUGUGAACUACAUCAAGCAGUAUCUGAAGUCGAGAGCCUAUGCUUACCAGUGCUACCCAUUUUUCCUGCAGGGUUUGUCCGAGGAAGAUAUAAAAACACAGAACUACAUCUCGUACAACACUUCCUAUGAUUACACAGAGAUAGAGUCGAUUAUUUCGUUGUGGUUUAUUCAGGCGCAAAGACUUCUCUUCAGUACGAACUCCAUCUUUUUCUCACCAGAUGUCGUUCAGGGAUUGCUGCAGAGGAGGACAAGUACACGGAGCCUGACAACGAUCCAAAGCUCCGUUUUUCUACAGCAGUCAGAAGGCGAGGUAGUGACUUCGAGGCCUGUGGCGGUUGAGCCUUUGGAGGAAAUUGAUAUUCUGCUUCUGAGAAGUUUACCGGAUGACGAAUUCGGUUGGCAAUUGGCCUAUGAUGAGCCUAAUCUGAAUAUCGUCGACUAUUGUUUAGAUACAACACCGUGGACGGCCCGCGAGGAAGCGGCCAAUAAUGUCAGUAAAACGCAGGAGUCGUCUGAAACUUUCCAAGGUGCGAAAAUCGUGUCUAAACAGGAAGACAUCGAACGAAUCGAUUCAGAAAACGUGGCUUAUUGCCUAUUUGAUUGCAUGGAUAGGAGGAUCAGUGAUCUGACUGAAGAUCUCGCUGCCUCCGCUGCCUCCGCUGCGCCAAAGACGACUAGUGGAGAUCCUGGCAAGUCUUGGCAAGCAGGACUUAAUGAAAGCUCCAAAAAGAAGGGUUCCCACAAUAAACUUGGCAAAAGAUCAGGUCUGGCUAGCCUCUUCAAAAGAAGACACGCCCAUUCAAUCCCUCAAAGCACGCAAUCAGAGGUACCUGCGCCGUCUUCUCCGGAGGGGAAAUUAGGUGGGCGUGCUCAAUCGAUCCAGAAUGCUUGGCUGGAAGAUUACUUCAGUAAGUGUCUUGGAAAUUACAAAAGAGUCAGAAUGCCUACUCAGUACUUUCUCCCACAAGAAGCAAAUAGUUCGGAAUCUGAGCGAUCGGAAGAGGAUAAAAAGCUAGAGGCGAGAAAGGCAUUUUUGUACAACAAGGAAUGUUUGCAAAUUGUUCUCCCUUUCGCAGAUAACGUCAUACCUUCCAUAUAUGCACCAUGGCUCUGGUCAGACUUAGGCUACACCAAGUGGAAGUCAUUAUUAAGAGAAAUGAUUCGAUGCUUAGUACCGGGAGGGUUCGCAUUGGCGAGCGUUUACGACCUGCGGCUAUCAAAUACCUUUACAGCCCCAACAGAGGAGUCCAUGCAAGAAUUUCCUACCACCAUGGAAAGGGAAAAGACUUUCGAUGCUAUGGCUUUGGAAGCGAUGAAUCAUGGCAUUUACGUACACCCGACGAAACAUCUUGUGCAGGCAUUCAAGGAAAUCGGUUUCACUAACAUAAAGUACUCGAUCCUUAGUUUGAAAACGGGAGAUUUCUCAACAGACAUGGGUUGUUUAAAUGAGCUUUUCUCUCAAAUUACAUGGGACUUACUGCUGAGGAAGCAGAUGCCAGAUCCUAGUAAACCACCAAAGGAUACAGAUCCACCAACUCUAUUUCAAAGGUACACGACCGAACAUCUGGAUAAGGUCGACGAUAAUGCCGGUUGCAUGAGAGCACUUCUGAUUGUAGCCCAAAAACCGAGAAAAAUUGCAUGUCAGUAG